AUGGCAGGGCAGGCAGGCAGGGAUGGUGCUGACGUCAGCGGCGCGGAGCGGCCCGGCGUGAGCGUGCAGCCUCCGUCGACCGCGUCGUCCUCUUCGCACGCGCUGUCGUCGCCCGGGGCCACCGCCGCGGCACGCCCUUCUAAGCCGAAUCCGUUCGGGGCGGCGCGGCCGCGCGAGCAGGUGAUAGCGGAGCGCAAGGGCGUCACGGAGGCGGACCUGCUGCGCGAGCUCGCGUCCAAAGAGUGGCGCCCCACGGUGGUGCUGUCGGAGGCGCAGAAGGAGGAGCAGAAGGCGGCGGAGGCGGAGCUGGCGUUCGCGCGCGACGAGCUGGCGCGCGCGCCGGCGGGCGACGAGGCGCGGCGCGCGGAGCUGGAGGGCGAGGUGAAGGCGCGCGAGGCCACGCUGCACGACCUGCUCGCGUCGUUCGAGAGGUGUGGCGGUGAGCCGCUGUUGGAGGUGCGAGGUGUGGCGCUGUUGGAGGUCUCGUCUCUCCCUUCUCCCCUCGUCCCUCACUCCCUCCCCCCCCCUCGCUCGCGUCGUGAGGAGUGA